UGUCUGGGACUCUUGAGGCAUCGUCUGAGGGCUGAAGGCCGGCGCCCCAUCAUGUUCUGUUGGUUGAUGAGGCGAGGAUAAUGACCUGGGGGGUACACACAGACUCUGGGCGAACGUAGCCUGUUUGGCAUUGCGAAACCUGUCCGAAGUAAAGAAAAACCUACCGUGUCAGUUGCGUAUUUUUAUAGUUUGCAACUUUUCACGGAUCACUGCCCGCCUACCAAAGACCGGGAAACGUAUACUUGAAGAGGUGUUUCCUGAUCUGCAGGAGCAGCGGGAACGAAAGCGCUGUAGACCAUGCCCCUCCUGACCCAGCAUACCCAAGAUGAGAAUGAUCAGUACUGCUUAGUGGCCAGCCUUGACAACGUUAGGAAUUUCUCCACUAUUUUGAAAGCUAUUCAUUUCCAAGAACAUGCCACGUGUUUCACUACCAAAAAUGGAAUCAAGGUUACUGUGGAAAAUGCAAAGUGUGUGCAAGCCAAUGCUUUUAUUCAGGCUGAAGUAUUUCAAGAGUUUCUGGUUCGGGAAGAGUCUGUUAUAUUUCGAAUUAAUUUAACUGUCCUUCUAGACUGUUUAUCUAUUUUUGGAUCAAACCCUAUGCCAGGGACUUUAACUGCACUUCGGAUGUGUUACCAAGGAUACGGUCACCCUUUGAUGCUAUUUCUGGAAGAAGGAGGAGUGGUGACCAUCUGCAAAAUCAAUACUCAGGAGCCUCAGGAAACUUUGGAUUUUGAUUUCUGCACCACCAAUGUUAUCAGUAAAAUUAUUCUGCAGUCCGAGGGGCUCCGUGAAGCAUUUUCUGAACUGGAUAUGACAAGUGAGGUCCUACAGAUCACUAUAUCUCCUGACAAGCCAUAUUUCAGGUUAUCUACUUUUGGAAAUGCAGGAAGCUCGCACCUUGACUAUCCCAAAGAUUGUGAUUUGAUGGAAGCAUUUCACUGUAAUCAGACCCAGGUCAACAGGUACAAGAUUUCCUUACUGAAACCCUCUACAAAGGCAUUAGUUUUAUCAUGUAAGGUAUCUAUCAGGACAGAUACCCGAGGAUUCCUCUCAUUACAGUAUAUGAUUAGAAAUGAAGAUGGACGAGUAUGUUUUGUGGACUAUUACUGUUCCCCAGAUGAAGACAUUCCAGAACCUGAGUCCUGAGGAUGAGAAUUCACUGUGAUAUUUAUGUACAUUGAUAAUAGGUUGUAUUCUCAUUCUCAAAACAGUACUCUUCAUGAUUUCCUUUUGUAUUUUCUAUAGGGAAGGAGGACAGAGAAGAUAGGAGCAAGGUCUCCAUAGGCUAACAAUUGCUAUGUAUUUUAUAAAUAAAUAUUUUCUUGUAGUCAUAGAUUAUCCAGCUUAA